AUGGCCCGUCCGACCAAGCUCUCCAUCGUCCUUCUGGGCCUUGAGUUGAUCAUCGCCACGACCGCAGUUGUGCUCUUUGGUCUUGCGUAUCCGGAUCGCUUCAGGUCAAAACUGUGGGGGAAUGGGGGCGUAGAAGGAUGGAACUCGAAUCCUCAACAACGCAUCUACUUCUAUGCCAACCAUCUCGAGCCGCCCGAGAUUCCGUUGAUCUGGUCGCAGAGGUUGACAGACUCAAAUCUUGCCAUCGCCAUUCUCAGCUUCGUAAUCUUCCUCGCUCGCGGCACCAUGGCCCAUCUCGACUACCUCCCCCGUUAUGCCACCAUCCUGUACGACAUGCUUCUUGCGUUCCUUUGGAUCAUCAGCCUCGCCGGCCAGGCAUCAGGGGACUUCUCCGACCCGAAACACCCGAGUGCGCACCCCUGGUACCUCACGCGCGGGUGUGCAGAUGGCUGGGCAGGGACUCGGGGUUUCUGUCACGUUGCCCAGGCGAGUUUUGCCAUAUCGAUGCUAGCUGCCAUGCUAUACUGUGGGAGACUACUGCGGGAGGCUAUGUUGGUCGCAUACCACCGAGGGAGGAUACAUGAGAGGAAGUGGACUGCUGUGGACGUAGAGGACGUGGAAGACGUGGAGGAGGCGAACGAGAAGCACAGUGGCGAAGACCGGGAGACCGGGAUGAGGUUGGCUGUAAGGGAGGAGCGGUAUGACACGGGAUUGAGUCCUGUCCUGGCUUUUUUCCCUGCUGGGCCACAUCGUUGGGAAUAA